AUGAAUGCCCCAAGUGCAACGGAGAGACUCUUCGAAAACAUGAAGCGAGAGUGCGACAGCGUGAACAACGUCGACGAUCUUUCCGUUUCGCUUUUCGAUGAAGAUUUGGUGGAUAUCAGUUCCAUGGAUCUCAAUUGGAUACUAAUACGCGCUGUCAAAGAGAGAUGUUUCAAAAUCGUGAGAUAUUUCGUCCGAGCUGACAUAAAAGUCGGCCGUUUCGACGAGUCAACUGGAACGGCAAUUCACAUUGCGAACAAGGGUUAUUAUAGGACCGAAGAAGAUCGUCCAGAAGUUGUGGGUUUACUUUUCAACAUAUACGAUCAUGUGAAUUAUACCAAUAAAAAAGGAUUAUCACAUUUUGAUAUGGCCUGCCUAUGUGGCAAUGUUGAUAUGAUGCAAUGGUUUAUAGAUCAAGGCGUUGACGUGAAUCACUUGAGCGCUGAUGAUUCCACACCACUACAUUCUGUGACUCACUCGUUUAACAUUGAUGCAGUUAUUAUGCUGUUAAGCAAUGGUGCAGAUCCUAAUGGCAAAAUAUGGCAAGAUUUCACACCCUUGAAUCUUUUUUGCUUAAAAAUGUCGUUGGAAUUACCAAUUCGUAAUCACAGUUAUUGGUUGUCGACUAUUCAAGUGUUACUUCAGUAUAACUCUGAUGUCAAUACACAAGAUGAAGAUGGUAACAGUCCUCUACUGAAUCUAUUUUAUGAUAAAGCUUGUGGUAUGUGUCCAGCACAACAAGAAGCAUUAGAAAUGCUUUUGAAUUAUAAUGUUGAUUUAGCACAUGUAAACAAGAAAGGCAAAUCAGUAUUGCACUUGCUUCCUUGUUGGAAAAUUGACGGAGAAGGCAUGGUUAAUGUAGAAGAGAUGUAUUUCAGAAAAAGGGAUCGUACUGUUAUUGAGGUAGUGAAAAUGCUAUUACAACAUGAAGCAGAUGUCAACAUUCAAGAUCACGAUGGAAAUUCUCCAGUUGAUAUGGCUAUUUCGUACUGCAACUAUGAUGUAGUUGAGAUUCUAUUGGAACAUNGAAAUUUACUAAUUUAA